AUGUCUGACGUGCACUGGUAUGGGCUUGACACGUUAGAUGGCGAUCUCUUUCGUGAGGUAUGCAAGUUUUAUUCUGGGCCAUUUCAGUUUGUGGCUGCCUGGGAUGAUGAGGAAGAAUGCAGCCAGAUGCUGCUGGAGUUCUUCGGUGGCACUCGUCCUGCUGACGAGCUAAAUCGGCUGGUUCGGCCAGUCAAGUUCCCACGUCGGGAGCAAAGCAAAGAGGAGAUUUUCAGUGGCCUGGUGCUUGGUAGUCCGGCGCUAGCUUUGGAGGUACUGCAGAAGUCGAUCCGACAACGGAAGCUGAUUCAUGGCGCGCAGGGCGAGAACCGUGAGGCUCUGCUGCGCGAGAAAUGGGCUCUUGUGCUUGCGCAGUAUAUUGAGGAAGCUGGACUGCCUUGCGCUGCUAGGGUGGCUGCUUUGCCCAAUCCUCGGGCAGCAUGGUGUCGGCUAUUCGGCACUCGGCGUGGGAAGACGCUCCGCAAUCGUGCUCUGGCAUGGCGCAAGUUUCAUUCGUGGCUUGAGAUUACCUUCGGCGAAAGCUGGCCGGGAGGAGUUGAUCGCUUUGUAAAGUAUCUCACUGAGCGACAUGAUAUUCAGCCAAUGGGAAAGACUGUACCAUCUUCGCUUAUGGCAGCUUUAUCAGUGCUUGAGAGUGUUGGGCAGGUGCCAGCAAGCAGCAGGUUUUCGAUGGAUCAACUGCUUUUGAGCACGAUCCAGUCCUGGACUGAAGAGCUCGAAACAGUGGCUUUGCCGGUCAGGAAGGCGCCUGUGCUUACAGUGGCUAUGGUGUUGUCAUGUGAGCUGACGGUCUGCAGGGCUACUCUUCCUGCGGGGCUACGUUUUCUUGCGUUUGUGCAGCUGCUCAUGCUUUGGUCGACUAUGAGGUGCGAUGAUGUGCAACACAUUGAUCCAUUUUCAGUCACUCUGUCGCAGAUCGGCUUGAAGUUCAUUCUGCGCCGGACAAAGACCAGUGGACCGGGCCGGCGUACUGGCGAACUGCAAGGAUAUGUGUCAAGAGUGAUUUCUUUGAGUGGUUUCGAUUGGCUCUUGGAGGGGUACCGCUUGCUUCAGACGGCUGAGCUGCACUGGUCGCGGGAUUAUUUAUGUCCAGCGAUGGAUGAAUCCUGGAAUGUUGGAUUUUCGUAUGUGGAGGCUCAGGAUCUGGCUGUACUUCUGCGUCGAUUGCAUAAGGAGCUUCGGGUGCCCCUGUGCCGCGAGGGCACUCGGGGAACAAGUGCCACGAAGCUGUUGCCUGGGUCGGUGGCCGCGUAUUGGACAGGUCAUUCUGCGCGGCAUACUCUGCCAACAUGGGCACUCUCGCUGGGUGCGGACAAAUCAAAGUGCGAUUUCCUUGGACGUUGGAGAUGCUCGCAAGGCGGCUCUUUGGAUUAUCUUACAACUGCUCGGCAGAUCGUGCAGGGACUACAGAACUUCGUUUGCAAAUCUUUGGUAGAAGGGACUGCAGAGGGUGGUUUGAUUGAGGAGGAGCUCUUUCAGUCUAUCCAGUCUUUUGCCGAUGCAGCCGGGCAGGAUGGCACUCAAGUGGUUAUGUGGCAUCAGGUCCUCGAGUGGACCGAUGACACGUGGAAGCUCGGAGGUGUUCACCCCUUGCUGGCGGUGGGUCCCGAGCGCUACGAGAUUUCGCGGGGACGCCUGGAAGCUGAGUUGCCUGCUGAAGAUAAGGAUGCUGGGGAAGAAGAAUCUUCGCUUCCGGACAUGCCGUUCUUCGUGACAAUUUCUCGCUCUGGGUUCCGCCGUUUGCAUCUCUCCAAGGCCUGUGCAGUUCGACAAGAGCGCUGUAUGGAGACUGUGGGAGUGUCAAAGAUCUCGGAGGGCAUUGCUGAUGCGAUCUGCAAACUCUGCCAGCCUAAGAUAUCUGCGGCGCAGGAGUCUUCCAGCAGUGGAUCGGAAGAUUCGCUGGCUCCGGGGAAUGAUGGACAGGGGGAGCCUCCGGGACCGGCGGAAGGCGGAAUGAUUGAGUUGAAUGGUGGAGGCACGUUGCUCGUUGCGAGCACGAAUGAAAGAUGUGCCGAUGUGAUCAAGAGCAAGGGACUGAGAUGCAUGGCGGGGGGCGCGCCCGGUCCGCUCGAUUACCCCAAUGGCAUCGAUGAGGCAGCGGCUUUGCGGCAUCUGGAUGUGGAGGUGGCAUCGGAUCUGCGGCAUAUCUUCCAGGAGUGCGGGGUGCCUCUGCCUUUGCAAUACCGCUUGAGCAUCAACUUUCGUACUGUGUGUGGUGCGGCCAGUGACCCAGACAGAGAAGCAGGCUAUGCGGGCGUUCAUGGAUCCAUUGAAGAGACCUACGAGCCUUCGGAGGAGUACUUGUCAGCCAAGAUAGAGGAGGUCGAAUCUGGUGAAGUGGCGGCUUCACCGCUUUCGGAGGUGAUCUCAAAGAAGCGGGCCAAAACUCAAGGCAUUCAAACCAGUGUGGACACGACUGGACAUGUUCGCAUCGUUCGUCAGAAAGCCAAAGGAAGUCUGCCUGCUCAUACGGAGGAGCUCCGUACUGUCCUGCGCGUUGAGGCGAACAUGUGGACUUUCCUGGCUAGCAAGUAUCGGAACCAGGCCAUGUUUCGUGGCAUGACUCCAGCAGUGUGGCUCGACUAUGUCAAUUACUUGUUGGGGGACAAAGUCUACUUGAUGCAAGUCCCGACUCCCGGGGGAAAGGGCAAAGGUGAUCAACAACCACUUCGUCCUCCGUGGCAGGUGCUGCUCACAUACGAGUAUGAGAUGCGUCGCGAAGCUGUCAAGAAGGCCUUCCGUGAGUCGCGAGCACUGGUGGAUACAUUAGCAGAGGUUCAAGGGAAUGCUCAGUUGAAGGAGCAAUUCUUUGUGUCCCCCAUUGCGCUACAAGGUCGCAGUGAGCCCGCCUGGAAACGUCCUUGGCAACCCGGUGGCGAAUCUGAAGCAGCCUGGGGAAAACCCUGGGACAAGUGGCAGAAAGGAAAUCGCAAGGGCGACUUCAAGGGUAGCAAGAAGGGCAAGGAGGCAAAGUCGGGCAAGAAGGGCAAGGACCGCAAGGGUGGUGAUCUUGUGACUCGCACGCCCGACAAUCGGCUCAUCUGUUUUGCUUAUAGUGGGGCCGGCUGCGACGGGAGCUGUGGCAUGGUACAUUGCUGUCAGGUCCGCGGCUGCGGCAAACCACAUCCCACUUGGCAGCAUUGGAUGGAGCAUCACGGUGCUUCGCGGGCAACAGAUGGAGCUGGCGCGAAGAGCUGA